AAAACACGGAGAGAGCGACAGAGAUCGAACAAGAAGUAGCACAAGAAAGGAGUAGCAAGUCUGUCGUGCUGGAUCAAUCGCAUACGAAAAACCCCUAGUUGUUUUCGUCCGGCCCAGUGCGACGCAAAUUUCCGGGAGGCACGCUGCGGGAGGGAGUCAGACAGGUCUGCUGUAGCUCACCCGGUACACUCUGCUAGGAAACACCAAGGCGGAGGAGAGCUGGGGGAGGGCGGACGAGCAGCUGAUGGGGAAUAAGGCGGCGAUCCAGCUCGAACUAUCGAACGGGGAAGCACCGGUCUUGCAGGGAGAGGUCAUGAGCGUGAACGAAGAAGGGUGCUCUGGGUUGCCAAGUGCUGCCGCUGGUGCCUCCGAUGGUAGCGGCGAUGACGAAAGGGCUGACGAAAGGGCUUACGGUAGCCCGGCCGAGGCAGAGGAAGAGGGAGCAGAAGUGGAGGCUGUCACCACCCUCGCCCCGGGGGAACGUGCUGAGGAAGCCAACAAUUUUUCUCGGAAUAAGAGUGAGACCUCGACGAGCAACAAUCAACCCUCGGCUGGGUCGCCGCGUGCCGAUGCUGUUGCGGUAAGGGCUUUGGAGCAUAUGACGGUCGCCAACAACGACAACGACGCAGCAGCAGCAGCAGCAGCAGCAGCAGCAGCAGCAGCAGCAGCAGCAGCAGCAGCAGCAGCGGACCCGGUUCUCCCCCCUCCACCGCCGGUUCUCCCUCCUCCAUCGGUUCCGCCAUCCGCCGUUGCCAACGACCUUCAGCUCCCUCCUCUCAACGAUCCCUCAGGGUCUGAAGAAGCGCCAAGGCUGUCCGGGCGUGGCUCUCCCAGCAGCGGUGGGGAUCACAAAGGAGCACACGUCGAAGUGUCGGUCUUCAAAUAUCAACCGGGGGUGCAAACCCCGGUGGAACAACUUCACAACUACCGGAUCAGCUCUAGAGGAGGAGCCAUCACGGGGAGUCUUACCCAGACGGAAGAGAGGAGGGGAGAGAACGUUAGCGGGUCGGUGGAUAUCGCUGCAGAGUACGAAAAGCGAAAGGGCUCGCAAGUGGUGCGGCACCACAUCAAGGACCACCGUGCCAAGCAGCUGUUGGUUGUACCCAAUGACGACAAGUUCGUUGCUGUGGCGGCGCCGGAGGCGUUCUCGCGACACUCAGGGACGUGUAUGAUUCUCGGUGGACAGGGCGCUUAUGGGAAUGGCACCUCCAAAUCUUACGAGCUCAAGCUGGGGAACUUUUUGCGGAUUGGCUCCGUUGGCGUGGUCGUAAGCGAGAUCCACACGGGCGCUGGUGGAGAGCACAAGUGUUUGUCGUGGGAGGAGCUCACGUGUCUCAAGGGGGACAUCGCUGCAAUUCAAAAGGACCUCGUGACUAUCGAAGCGCUCACGGCUCAGGAGGAGAAUGCCGAGGCGGACAAGUUGACCGGGGUGCUGCAAAACGGGGGUGGGGGCGUAGUGAACACAAGGAUGUGCUAUAUGUGCUUCGACGAUGUCGACGAACCCGGCAACCCUCUGGUCGCACCUUGCGAGUGCAAAGGCGACACACGGUACGUCCACCUCAACUGUCUCCAGAAGUGGCACACCACCACCUCCGAGAACAAGGUGUGCGUUGUUCUCAACAACAAGGGGGUGCGAGUUUGCACCGUUUGCAAAUCGCCAUACAAGGCUAGCGUGCGACUGCCGGGAGGUGAAAGCAUCUCGUUGUUCCAGAGUCCCCUCCCGCCUCCAUACAUCUGUUUCAUGGUGGUGACACGUCAUCAGAACAACGAGGAGCUGUUCAGCACAAAAUACCAGUUGAGCUUCAACAGCGUCAUGAACCGCGGAGGCACUGCAAGCACCAAAGAGCUGGUCGUCGGCCGAUCCAGGCAAUGCGAUAUGGUUCUCGACUACAGGACCGUAUCGACUCGGCAUGCGAACGUCAGAUUCCAGGGUGGGAGGUUCUACUUUUCGGAUCUGAUGAGCAGCAACGGAAGCUACCUGUACCUGCGCGAACCCCUGCAACUGCCUUACGGCGAGACUGUGUUCCUCAAGUGGGGAUCCAACGUCGUGUCGUUGAAGGCAAAGCGGUCGUCUAUCCGCCACCGCUUGAGCAGCCUUGUCGGGCGGCGAGCUACGGUGACCAAUAAAAAGGACAAUCCGGAGCAAGAGUUCACGAUGCUCGAAAGCUUGUGCGAGCUUGGGAACUCUCCCUCAACCGAUGGUGCGGCAGAUGGCGGUGUCAAAGCUGCGGUGGCCCGGGAUGGGGGGGGUCCUUCGUUGUAGGCGGCAAGGGCAACAGAUCACGCUGUGUCUCGCACACGCUUGGCUGUAAAGUGUUUUGGACCCCCUUUUCUUUUGCGGCUGGGUGCGUUGAGCUGUGUUCGUUCUUGAUCCACCGUAGAGAAUUGGCGGCCGGUUCUUGGUUGUACCACUGUUGACCAUGAGGUACGAUUUAGAGGCCCCGAGGUCUGUAGUCACCAGGCGGGAGGGCUGGAUUUCUCGGCAAGCCAGGUGCUAUCUGUUUAAAAGAGAAAAACGUGUUUCGUGUCCUUCACUAGAUCGCUCAUUGUCGGGUGUGAAGUGCUCAAUGCCCAAAGGGAUGUUACUCAGAAAAUGUGAACUCUAUUUAAAUGACCUACCUGUGUGAGGCACAUCGUCCUUCUUGUAUUGGAUCAAGAGGUUCCAAAAUCCAGGGUUUUGUUCAGUUGCGUGUCAGGGUGUACCCCGGUUUCAUUCUGAACGGAUGACUCCUGGCCGCUUGUUUCUUCGAGGACACUGAUGAGGUUGGUGGUCCUAUGGGUUUAUCUUCGUACGUACACCGACGAUGACGUGUUUCGAGUCAUCUGGUGGAUAAGGCACGUUAAACACCAAGCUUGUGGCACAUGUCCUCCUCUUUGUAACAGACCCCCGUUGUGCACCAAGCAUGAAUACAGUGUUGAAAUUGUGGAGCUACAUUUUUUGGAUG